AUGGCGCGACUACGACUAGGCGGCGCCGCCUCUUCCGAACCUUCACCAGCAUCCACCGCUCUACCGACUUCCCGAACGCAGACCUCGCCGCCACGAAAGCGGUACCGCAUCUGGACCCCCCUUCUCGUCUUCCUCAACUUCCUCGCCAUGGUGCCCGGCCUGAUCGGCUUCGUCUACUCCGCCGCCCGCUUCUACUCGACGCCGCACCUCGUAUGGGCGUCGUCUACAUGGGAGGAGGGUGGCCAUGCAGUCGGCGUCACCGACGCUCGCAGCACUCGACUCGACUGGUUCGUCUCGGGCAUGUGGGCGCUCGCGACCGCCUACUUCACCCUCUCGCUCGCUCGCGGUCUCCUGCGCCGAUGGCUCGUCUACUACACAUUCGGUCCGACCAUCGUCCGUGUCAUCAGCCUGCAAGCCAUCUGUUGGCCACUCACCCUCACCACGCACCGCGUUCUCUCUUUCGACCAGCCAGUCGCAGGAUGGGUCGUCUGCGCGACGACGGCCGCCUUCUGCAAUGUCGUCCAGACCUGGGUGACGAGCAACAUCGUCGAGCGGAAGGACCGGCGCGGACAGCAGGGUUGGCGGAUCUUCUCGGCAGUCGUGACGAUGGUGCUUGGACCAGGCGUGCGGACGGACAAGUACAGGAAGGGCGAGCGCGUGCUGAGCUGGAGAAGAGUGCUGUGGGGAACAGUCCUGCCGUUCGCGGUGCUGGGAUGGCUCACGAUGAACGCGCUGCUCUGGCAGCAGUUCGUUGCGCGGUACAAGGGUGGCGGCGGUGUCCAACUCGGCAAGCCUCGUCUCAGCGCGAAUGUCUCGCUGCCGGCUCGCGGCCCCUCCCUUGCGACAGGACUAAUCCCGACCGCCGACAUUCGCGUCAUGAUCCUCGUCACCUCCUCCUGGACGAACCGCUCCCUCACGAACCGACACACCUUCCGCGAGACCUCGGUUCGACUCUUCCCACGCCAAACACCGUCCAUCUCCGUCGCCUACCGUUUUCUUCUCGGCGUCGCGCCUUCGCCUCAGACUGCUGCGCGGGCAGGUCCCGGCAUUGAAGCCGAGGCGGACGAGUUCGGCGACAUGCUCGUCGUCCCUGCGCACGACUCGUAUGAGCACCUGAGCGAGAAGAUCUACGAGGGGUGGAAGUGGGCGUCCGGCUUGGACGUGGAUUACGUUCUGAAGACGGACGACGACAUUCUGUUGCGGAUGGACAUCGUCGGCAAGGAGCUGGUCCAGCUGGGUCGGCGGAAGGAGUAUUGGCGAGGCUUUGCGUACUGGGACAUCCCGGCCAUCAAAGACUCGUCGAACAAGAACGCCGACUUUUCCUACGAGCUCUCGUCCUUCCCGCCUUACACAGCAGGCGCCCUGCACAUCCUGUCGAAGGACCUCGUCGACCUCAUCGCGCCGCCCUCAUCCUCCCGCCUCUUCGUCAAGAACGAGGACCAGAACCUCGGCCUCUGGCUCUUCCCGACCGGCAUCCGGCCUAUACAUGACUACCGCAUCCAGCAGGCGCAGGUGUGUGAGAACGAUAUGAUCGCGAAGCAUUUCGGCGGGCAGUACAAGGAGCCGAGCGGGUUCGGCCCGCGCGAGAUGUACGCCAACAUCGUCGCCGGACGCAAGCAGUGCGAGGGCCUCCUGCAGGACUGGUGCGGCGUCUGCUACCCGUCGUGCCGGAAGAGGCGGAAUCACUGGCGCGACUGGGGAUACGCCUGCGACGACAUGAAGGGCGCGACCUUGUGGAACCGCCCCUCCGUUUCCGCCACGGCAGCUCUCGACAGUCCCCUCAAGCUUGCGCCGGAGCCCUUCAUCAUCGGCAGCGCCGACGACCCGUGGAUCCUGCCCGGACUGCUCUCGCAACACUCGUCGCCCUUCUCUUCGACAGACGACUGGUACCUCCUGCACAUGCUCUGCUGGACGACCGGCGUCGAGACGUUCCAGGAGCGCCACUACCAGGCGCUCGAGACGAUCUGGGCGCACGAGCCACGAGCGAUCCUCUUCAUGUUCUCGACGAACUUGCCGACCGACUUUUUCGAUGACUACACCCGCCAAGGAUACGCCAUUCACGUCAUUCGCGUGAGCAAGGAGGAGAUGUUGGAGCGAGGCUGGUACCUCGGACCGCACAGCAAGCGGUGGCUCGAAGAUUGGGACAGGUGGCAGAAGGGGCCGAGUUUCUUCUCUCAUCUCACCGACUACCUUCGCUAUCUCUUCCUCUUCAAGUAUGGCGGAACCUACCUCGACAUGGACGCGCCAUGGAUCCGCUCGCCGCCCGAUUCCAAGGUCGAGUUCAUCGGCGCCGACUACUCGACCGUUGCGAGCGACCUCGACUGGACGCUCGACGAGGACGGCAUGUACCUCGCCCCCGGCGUUAUGCGCUUCCGCCGAGGCUGGGCCGUCUUCCGCGACAUCAUGGAGAAAGCUUUCUCAACGACGUACUCGGUCGACUGCUUCAACUGCGUCGGUCCGCGCGCGAUUACGACAGCAGUCCGCUCGAAGCGGCACCAGCUCGAGAUGCACGGCUUCACGAUCUUCCCGCCGCACGUCCUGUACCCGCGCAAUUGGGUCUCGGCACACGAGCUCGUCCGCGCGCUCGCUCCAGGCGAGGGGAAAGCGGAACUCGCUCGGAUGGCGCGCGAGUCGUGGUCGAUCCACCUGUUCGGCAAGAUGACGAACCACCUGCGGAUUCAGGCUGGCAGCAUUGUUGGCGAGGCAUUCGACGCCUUCUCACUUCGCAUUCCUCGACCCGUCGGCCUCCUCUCCUCCGCCGACACCGAGAAGGCGAAACCGCCAUCUUCCGCGCAAGGCAUCCAGCUCCGCUUCCCUUCUUCGUACACCUAUCGCGCCCGCACGACCCUCGAGCAACUUGAGACGCCCAACUUGGCGCUCGUCGGCUCGGCAGACGGCCACUUUGACGGCCUCGACCUCAUCUCGCUCCGAGGCGUUCUUGCGAGCGGCUCGCCGGCUGCAAAAGCCGAGAUCCGCUUCGCGACAGCGAAGGGCGGGCGGGUGGCGUAUUCUGUGCGGGGCUUGUCGGCCAGGACGGCGGACGGGCAGGCGGAGUUGCCGGGAGGGAACGAGGUCAAGGUCGUCGUCGAGGAGGCGAGACUGAGGGACAUCAACGCCGUCCUGCGGUCGACGGUGUACGUUCCGCCGCGACGAGCAGUCGAGGGCGAUGUGGAAGACUUGAUGGACGAGCUGCGGAUCGAGGUGGAAUGGGGAGGCGAGAAGGUAGAGGCAAGGAUUGCGGUAGAAGUGCCAGCUCCGCCGAGUACGGGCUAG